AUGAAACUGGCUGUCAGACAUCAGCCACCUCCAACUCGGUACAACUUAAAUUCUUUUGAGGACAGAUCCGACCUGAACCUUCAGCAACUCGACUACGAUGCUCGCAUUAUGUCAGAUGUAUUUGAUAACAUGGGAUACAAGUGUAAAACACACUCGUCACUCACGGCUCAGCAAACUAAGGAAGUCCUUAAAGAUAUUCGGGAUGCUGAUGAUCUAACAGGCGUCGGGUGUGCUAUAUAUGUCAUUUCUGGUUAUAGUGUAAAUGGCAGGAAGGUUCUUACGUCUGACAUGAAAUCUAUAGACAUCGACUAUAUCUUAAAUCUCUUCAAGGAUUCCGAAUGCCCUCAGCUCAAAGACAAACCCAAACUUUUCAUCUUUAACUUGUACAACCUGAGUGAAGUUAUCACGACUUCAAGCACUGAACCUAUAAAAGUGAUGAGGUUGACAGAUCCCCUCAACGACAUAGCUUGUAUCUAUUCCAAUAACAUUGGUUUCAACUGCAUCCCGAAUGGGAAAGGAACAGCCUUCAACUGGUAUUUGUGUCGCACUUUGGCAGAGCAUGCCGCUGACCAGGAACUUUGUGAAUUUUACAGAGAAUUCCUGAAAAAUUAUAACGCGAGCUCUCCUACUUUCUCACCCGAACUGAGAUACUUUGGUUUCACCAAGAAAUUCUUCUUUAAUCCCAUAACGUUAGAAGAGUGA